CCGAGCGACGGCGGAAGUGACCGGAGAGGCCCGUCCUCCCCUCAGCAAGCAACAUGCUUCCCUUGUCAUUAUUGAAGACUGCCCAGAAUCACCCUAUGUUGGUGGAACUGAAAAAUGGUGAAACUUAUAAUGGACACCUUGUGAGUUGUGACAACUGGAUGAACAUUAAUUUGAGGGAAGUCAUCUGCACCUCAAGGGAUGGUGAUAAGUUUUGGCGCAUGCCAGAAUGUUAUAUCCGCGGCAGUACGAUUAAAUACUUGCGUAUUCCUGAUGAGAUUAUUGACAUGGUGAAGGAGGAGGUGGUGUCCAAGGGCAGGGGCCGUGGUGGGAUGCAACAGCAGAAGCAGCAAAAGGGACGAGGUGUUGGCGGCGUUGGGCGAGGUGUGUUUGGAGGACGUGGCCGAGGGGGAAUACCAAGCAGUGGAAGAGGACAGCAGGAAAAGAAGCCAGGCAGACAGGCUGGAAAACAGUGAGGUGUUGUCUUUCCCCUUUCCAGAGACAUUGAGCAGAAGGCAGUUUUGCCGUGGCCUUGGAAUCGCCAUGUGGCUCAAGGUGUCAUAUUGCUAAUCUUCAAUUAAUCUGUUCCCAAAAAGGGAGGAGUUCCGAGAAUAAUACAUUUUGUAAUCCUUCAAAACCCUCCUCUUUGUAGAGUUAGGGUAGUCAAUGUUCCACUCUUUUUAGCUGGCGCAUUCUGUGAUUGGAAAUACCUCGGUUCCUUUCAGUUUUGUAAAGUUGAUCAUUUCAGUGGACUUAACCGCUAUAAAGGGUUAAAUACCCUUUAAUUCUUUUGAUCUUGGAUAUAUUUUAAAAUAUGCAAAAGAAUGGCAUCCCUUGUUCUUGUUUUAAGUACUGUUGUAGAUAUUUUCAGGAAAGUUUAUUUUGCUGCUCUUUGUUUUACACUUGAUUUGGAUUCGAUGGCUGGAAGGCUUUCCUUUCAAGCUAUAUGCUAUGAUACUGAACAUGGAGUAAGUUUCCUUAAGUAUGGCCUCAAAAGUUUCCUUUUUUAAAACAUACACAAAGGAACUUGUUCUAGGGGAUGGCUGCUGGGAUAAUUUUUCUUCCCAUUUGCCAAGAAAUCACAUUAAUUUGUGUUUCAAAGUGAAAUUAAUAAAAUUCUCAUUUGAAAAUUAGUCAUUCUUUUCCAAAUCCUAAGCAAAUUACUCCUUGUAUUCUUCAUUCCCUGUGACAGGUUCAACUGCAUUUUGGCAAUCCCUCUCUUGUAUAAAGAGUGAUAAUAAACUGUUGUGAUAAAAUGUCUUUGUUUGAUCAGAAUACUUUUCAUAAUUUAAAACUAUUCCUUUGUCCCCCAACAGUGCAUCCUUUUCAGCAGCAUCAAAACAAUGCCCAACAGUGCUCCCUAGCUCAUAGUCCCUUUGUAACUGUAUGGGGAAAAAACAUUUCUUUAAUCAAUCCAUCAGUGGUUUUGAAUACGGGGCCACUUUGUGCCCUGUACUAAGCACUUGUGGAGCAUAUACUAGGGCAGUAGACCUGGUUCCUGUCCAAUGGCUGAAAAUACCAGUACUCCCCUUGAUGGUUUUGUCUUCUGAAAUAUUUUUUUUGCUGAAUAUGUGCAGAGGGAUUUUGUCUUAAUGUCUCAAGUAUGCAAAUGGCAUAAAAUAACCUCUGGAGAUCCUCUGAAAGAAAAGAACAACAUUUCUCAGACUCUUGGCUGUACUUUUUACUCUGGGUGGCAUGCAGAUACUGAACUGUUGCGACAUGAAUGUUUAUCAUUUGAAGCCUUUCUCCCCUGCUCCCAAACCUUAAGGAACGUCGUGCUUUUAAACCAUAGGAAAAAUAAGCCUUUGGGAACAUCGGUUUCAGAAUUCAACAGGAAACACUUGGAGAGUAACUGCUUUAAAAUAGAUUCAUAUGGAAUAAUUUGUUUGGAAAAAGCUCAAUUUGGGGGGGAAAUCUUUCCAGUAAAAUAAUUAAGAUGUGUGGUACAUCCCGUGUUAUUUCAUUAACUUUUUUAACAGGAGCAAAUACAGUUAACAUGACUUUAUUCACAGCAGUCUUUAAAAAAAUUAUAUGUCUUAGUGAUGAUUGGAAUAAAUGUGUUGUUAAUCUGUA